CCCAGCUUUGUCCUCCGCGGUCAGCUAUCGAUCCCCACAACUAGCGGUCCCCGCCGCCUUCCUACGUGAGCUGCGGGCCCUCCGGCCGCCACGAUGCGGCCCCUGCUGCUGGGGCCGCUGCUGGCCCCUCUCUGCUGGCUCAUUCUGGCCGAAGCCAAGAGCGAUCAGAAACCAGAGGACAAUCUAUUGGUCCUCACGGUGGCCACUAAGGAGACAGAAGGAUUCCGGCGCUUCAAGAGAUCAGCCCAGUUCUUCAACUAUAACAUCCAGGUACUGGGCCUUGGGGAAGAUUGGCAUGAUGGUGAGAAAGAAACUACCUUAGGGGGUGGGCAGAAAGUCCGGCUCCUGAAGGCUGCUUUGGAGAAGUAUGCAGAGAAGGAGGACCAGAUCAUCCUCUUCACAGACAGCUAUGAUGUACUGUUUGCAUCUGGCCCCAAAGAACUCUUGAAGAAGUUCCGGCAGACCAAGAGCCGAGUGGUCUUCUCAGCCGAGGAGCUCAUCUAUCCUGAUCGGAGGCUGGAGGCCAAGUAUCCCCAGGUCCAUGAUGGGAAGAGGUUCUUGGGCUCUGGAGGAUUCAUUGGCUAUGCCCCAAACCUGAGCAAGCUAGUGGCCAGCUGGCAAGGCCAAGACAGUGACAGUGACCAGCUCUUUUAUACCAAGAUCUUCUUAGACCCGGAGCAAAGGGAGAAGAUUAACAUCACCCUAGACCAUCGCUGCCGAAUCUUCCAGAACCUGGAUGGAGCCUUGGAUGAGGUGGUCCUCAAGUUUGAGACAGCCCAAGUCCGAGCGAGGAACCUGGAGUACGACACCCUCCCAGUCCUGAUUCACGGCAAUGGGCCCACCAAGCUCCAGCUGAAUUACCUGGGGAACUACAUCCCUCGAUUUUGGACCUUCGAGACAGGCUGCACUGUGUGUGAUGAGGGACUUCGGAGCCUGAAAGGCCUUGGGGAUGAGGCUCUGCCCAUGGUCCUUAUCGGAAUUUUCAUAGAACAGCCAACUCCGUUCCUCUCCCUGUUCUUCAAGCGGCUCCUGAGCCUCCGAUACCCUCGGAAACAGCUCCGACUCUUCAUUCACAACCAUGAGGAACACCAUGAAGCUCAGGUGGAACAAUUCCUAGAAGACCAUGGCAGUGAGUACCACACAGUCAAGCUCGUGGGCCCAGACCAGCGGAUGAAGAAUGCGGAUGCCAGGAACAUGGGCGCGGACCUGUGUCGUCAGGACCGGGACUGUACCUAUUACCUGAGCAUGGAUGCCGAGGUGGCCUUGACCAACCCAGAUGCUCUUCGGAUUCUGAUUGAGCAGAACAAGGCUGUUAUUGCUCCCUUGGUGAUCCGUGCUGGGAGACUGUGGUCAAAUUUCUGGGGGGCUCUGAGUGCUGACGGUUUCUACGCCCGCUCUGAAGACUACGUAGACAUUGUCCAGGGCCGACGUGUUGGUGUCUGGAAUGUUCCCUACAUCUCCAAUAUCUACCUGAUCAAAGGCAGCACCUUGCGGGGCGACCUGCGACAGAAAGACCUGUUUCACAGCAGCAAGCUGGAUGCUGACAUGGCUUUCUGCUCCAAUGUCCGUGAGCAGAACGUCUUUCUGUUUGUGUCCAACCGGCAUUCCUUUGGCCGCCUGCUCUCCGUGGACAACUACCAAACAACUCAUUUGCACAAUGAUCUCUGGGAGAUCUUCAACAACCCAGAGGACUGGAAGGAGAAGUACAUCCAUGAAAACUACACAGAGGCCCUCAAAGGGAAGCUGGUGGAGACGCCCUGUCCAGAUGUUUACUGGUUCCCCAUUUUCACGGAAACGGCCUGCGAUGAGCUGGUGGAGGAGAUGGAACACUUUGGCCAGUGGUCAGCUGGUGAUAACAAGGACACCCGGAUUCAGGGUGGCUAUGAAAAUGUCCCAACAAUUGACAUUCACAUGAACCAGAUCAAGUUUGAGAGAGAAUGGCACAAGUUCCUGGUGGAAUACAUCGCCCCAAUGACUGAGAAACUCUACCCAGGAUACUAUACCAGGGCCCAGUUUGAUCUGGCCUUUGUGGUCCGAUACAAGCCAGAUGAGCAGCCCUCCCUGAUGCCACACCAUGAUGCAUCCACCUUCACCAUCAACAUUGCCCUUAACAGGGUGGGCGUGGAUUAUGAGGGAGGAGGCUGCCGCUUCAUCCGCUACAACUGUUCCAUUAGAGCCCCAAGAAAAGGAUGGACCCUUAUGCAUCCGGGCCGACUCACCCAUUACCACGAAGGACUCCCAACCACCAAAGGAACUCGAUACAUUGCUGUCUCUUUUGUUGAUCCUUAAGAGCCCAGACUUUGUCACCGUGGACCCUUCCCCUUUUCUGACCAAGCCAAGGGGCCUCCAUGACUGACCCUUGGCUAACUUCCACUGAGCCUCAGAGUUUUUCUUGUCCUUCCUCAAGACUAAAAGCUCAGGAUGGGAACUGGAAUGGAUUGCCUCACACUCGGGGCUCACACAUCAUUUUCCACAAUGCUGUGGCCUGCUGGAUCUGGGAGACACCCUUUGCCUUAAAGACUGGCCUUCCCCAGUGCUGUCUUCAUGAAAUGCUUCCCUCCUGCUCUUUAAGUACUGAGUAUUCCCCAAACUCUGUUGGGAGUACUGUGGAGCUGAGCAGACAUCAGUCCCGAACUAAGGCCAAAAAGAAGACUCCUAGAUCAAGACUCUGAGCCCUGAAGGGCCUCCUGGCACAAGAUCCCCACUCUUUGAGCACCCACUCUCCUCUUCACACCCUCCCAUCUCAGACAACCUGGUCCACAGACUUCCUGCUUCCCACCACAAACCAUCUUUAGUCCUCUUGCCCAAAGAUGGGACUCAGUGUUCACCCCACAUCAGUUCUUUGCAGGAUCAGGGAAACAGGCAAAGAAUCUAUUUAUAUUUCAGAUCAGUUCCUGCUUUGGCUGGCCAGCCUCUGCAGAAUGAGAAACUAGGGCUGGUAUACACAUACACACACACACACACACACA